AGAGAGAGAGAGAGAGAAAGAGAGGAGGGGAAGAACUUCAGGGAAAACAGCCGCCCAGCUACCAAAUGCUAUUUUUAAGAACUGUCUUGAAUGUAACACAGACUGAACUGGAUUUUAUACCUAGCAGUUGGGACCCAAAGCAAACAGGAUAAAAUGAGGUGACAUUUGAUGUUUCCUUUAUGUUUCGCAUGAUGUUUGACUUGUUCCUGUUGGUGAUCUUCACGAAACUUCUUAUUAAAUGCACUUUUUUGGUGAACUACUGAGUCAUGAGCGUCCCCAUUGCGUUUACUCUUCUCGUGCUGUGUGUGGUCAAAGUCCAGUGUGGUCAGGAGAGUCCUGUAUGUCCUCGGAAAGGUAAGGGAACUACAGCCUUCAUUUCAAUUCAGCUGUUCUGCAGUUAUGGAAUAAACAAGUGUUUUGUCCAAGAAUCUCAUCCUGGAGUGCUGGCCUUAAAUAUGGGGUCAGAGGUCAUCCUGGGCUGCAGGGGUGAUGUCACUGUGGAUAGAGUGCUAUUAGUAAUGGGUACAAAACCUAAAGAGCGGCACAAGAAAAGAGGAGAUAUAACAAGCCACUGGAGACCCAGAGAGAAUCCUGAUGCUCUUGGAAAACACCAUCCAGAAACUGUGAAUUUUACCACACCUGGAAUGUACAAAAUAAAUACUGAAACUAAAGUCAGUGACUCUGUAACCAGUGCUAACCCAGCGAUGAGUUCAGCAAAGGAGAAAGUGGGAAAUGGGCAAAUUUCCCUUGCUGUCAAUCAGUUCACUAAAUUCAACAGUGUGGGCAGAGUUACAGAAGAAGGAGGGGCUUUUAGUAUAACCAUGGAAAUGGGUUUGCGCACUGAGAGGAGCACCAGCACAGAAUAUGAAGAAGAUGAAGACUACAAAGAGAAGGUGGAUGGAUUGAGAGUGACCAGAUCCAUUAAGAGACAGGCACGAUGGACAAGGAACGGUCAGCUCGUACGAGUCGGUGUGGAACAUGGCGGGGUUUUGAGACUUCCUGCUCUUCAGUUGACUGACUCAGGGAACUACAGCUGCUAUAGGAGAGGAAAACUAGUUUCAUCGGUUAAAAUCAGUGUUGGCAUCCCUCCUGUGAGCCCAACCUUGUCAUGCCACAAGAAAUCCCACAUCAGCCAAAUCCAGUGUGAGUGGAUAUCAAGACAGCCCAUCAUCCCACAGCCUCAGUGUUACCUGCUCCACAGGAAAGGAUUUGAGAAGAUCUCCCGUGUGAAUUGUUCAUACUCUGCUGCAUGCUCCUGCUGCUGGUGUGUAUUACCCAGUAGUGAGGAUGACAGAAAUGUAUAUACAGCUAAACUGUGUGUGACCAACACAGCGGGCAAUGCCACCAGCUCUCUAUACAGCUACAUUUCUCAAGACAUCAUUAAGCCUGAUCCUCCUGAUGGAGUUGAAGUGAAGCCAGUCAAGGGUGAACCUCAAAUCUUGAAUGUCUCCUGGUCUUUACCUGCCACCUGGAUGUGGGAGUUUUACUACACCCUUAACUUCCAGCUGAGAUAUCGUCCUCUACUUGCCAAUGAGUAUCAGAAGGUGGACACAGACAGUAAAUGCUGGUUGAUUUUGGAUGCUCUGCCAGACUGUGACUACGAGAUUCAGAUUCGAGCUAAAGACGAGUAUGAUGGGCAGUGGAGUGACUGGACCAGACCUGUGCAUGCACGCACAUGGACAGCUCCUGAAACCACUGCUGCCCCUGACUUCAAUACUGUGGAGCCGGUUCACAUAUUUUCUGACGGUUCAGGGGGGACAGAAGGUGACAUAGAUUUUAGGCCUGCUGAUGACGGUGAUGGUGUAGUGUGGGUCUAUGUGCUGUGGGUGAUGGGAUUCUCUCUCCUUAUCACCAUCAUUAUUGUCGCUGUCUACACUCUCAGAUGGAGAAUGCCAUUCCUGACUAAAAAGAGCCAGGGGAGUGUAUCAUCUCCUUUUCCUCUCCUUCAGCAGCCCCUGAAAACUCUGAAAUGCAGCUAUCAGGAAAAGGAAGAGGGAGGCAUCCAUUUGCACAAUGUGGACUACUUUUUCUCUCCCUAUGGACUAGCUAGGUCUUGAGCAAACAAGCUGUUACAUUGCCAAGGCCAGUAUUCUGUGAAAGCACACACACACACACACACACACACACACAUUUGUCUUAAACUUUUGUGUCUUACUAACCUUCUAUCGAUAUAAUCAUUAAUGCAGCAAGCACUUACACCUAAACCAAACCCUAUUUUUUUACCUUAAUCUUAUUCUCAGGUUAUAAUCUCAGUAACCAAAAGGAAGUUUUAGUUUUAGUUUUUAUUUAUUUAUUUUAAUUAUCAGGCAAGGAUCAGCCACGAGGUCAAAACAGUCAUAUAUUGCUAUAACUGUGGGAACAUUUGGUCCCUACAAAGAUAUAGAAACAUUACACACACACACACACACACACACAAACACACACACACACACACACACACACA